GCUCUUCUCUGCCUCGAAAACUCUUUCAUGAAACAAGCGGGCCUAUAAUAACAGUAUAUCUGCUUGAGGGCUAUCAACUAUCUCCCGAGUGCACUUCUGAACAAAUUUGAGAAGUAGGGGACCUCAGUCUUAUUGGUUCGUCCCCGUUUGUUGCCUCAGAAACCAGUUACGAUGAGCAGAAGCAAGUAUUCGCCUCACCGCCCUGCGGGUCGACAACACGUACCCAACUACCCAAAAGGGUUCAUCGCCUUGCGCUUCGUCCAGCUCAUCCUGGCUGUGGUCGUCCUGGGUCUCUGUGCCUAUUCGCUUAUCUAUUACAGCGCUGCCGGCAUUGCCUUGAGUGUAUUCACUGCCGUCGCCACUCUCAUCAUCACAGUCUACUCUAUUAUUGCAAAGUUUGGCCCAGCAGUUGUUUAUAAUUAUUGGGCGAUCUUGGCCUUGGACAUUUUUGGAAUGGUCUUCUGGAUCGCCUCCUUCGCCCUCCUAGCUUCCCAGGUAGCAGGUUUCAUUGCUGGGGGAAACACUGUAUGCGUUGGCGAUUAUUAUGUUACUUGCACAACUUAUGACCUCAGCGGAACCGACAUGAUGAUUGCAGGGUGUCUAUGUGCCGCGGCUGGGGUGGGCGGAAUAGAAUUCAUCCUCUUCAUCGUUUCAUUGUCCGUGCACUCCGUCAUGAUGCACAGGCACCGCUCAGCGGGUCUUCACAAUAGGCCGAUCUCCCCCGAGUCCGGCGAGGAAUCUGGCUUCCCAGCCGCCGGUCCUGUCCACGGCGAGAAACCUCAGCCAUUGCAGAACGUCUCGCCCCGCCCACAGUAUGCCAGCUCAUACCCGACGGCUGUGGCUACACCAAGUCCGGUGCAGAGUCAGCAGAUGUACCAGCCGCCGCCAGCCACCGCCGCGGCUGCCGUUGUGCAGCCUACCUCUUACUAUCCACAGCAGCAGCAGGGCGUGAUCUAUCAGCAGCCCGCAGUGGGACAGGUCCCAGGUCCUCACAUGGGAAGUCACGAGGCCCAGGGCCAGCCUAUUGGUCAUCAGCAGCAGUAUCAUCCAGCGAUCAGCCCGAAUUAGGGGACAAUUCUGUGGACUUUACAUGUCAUGGUAUGAGUUUAAGGAAGAUCGGCGUGGGUUGUUGGUGUGAGAAUGCGACGGAGAUCGUGUACAAAUCAAAGGAUCACAGCGAGGGGAUUGAAAGAAUGUUGCAAGUCACAAUUACAAGUAAUUCUGAGCAUGGGUUGAAACUAUGAGCAAGGAUAGUGGUGGCCAUAUAUGAAGACAACUGUCUACGACCCAUGUUUUCCUACUCAACACUGGGCAAUUGUUUGUUACGAGCACAACAACGUCACUUGAUGAGGUGGCAGACGACUUCAGGAGCCAACGUGGGGAUGCUGUCACUGGGCCAGUACAAGAGAAGGACGUUCAAAUGUCGACGUGACAUUGUAGAUCAUUUCGCUGAUGCCGCAGCUCUAUUAUGUGCCCGGAGAGGCAAAUACCUAGGUAGAUAAUAAUUAAAGUUCCAGCGAGGCACUUGCGCCGCGUCAGUCGGUCUUCA